CGCUGGACUAGGAGCCAAGUCUGGCCAUUCCUGCAGCCAGGUGCUGGGGUGCUCGGUGUGUGCGCUCUGGCGAGGAAGGCCCUGCAGCCCGGGGCUGGGGAGCCGCUGCUCCCUGGGUGCAGGGAGCCUUCUGCGACCGAGGGCCCGCGGGCCAGGGCGAGGGCCGGGCGGGGGGGUCCCGCAGCUGCGCGUCUGCUGAACUGGGCACAGCGCAGGCUUCGUCUGUGUCAUCCGCUGACCGCAGUUUUCAACACAUGUUGAAGGAGACAGUCCAAGGAAGUUUUUGAGCAGAGAGAGCAAAGGCUGACACUGGGGAUGGCAACUGCACUGGUGAAUGCCCAUUCCCAGGCUCCUCUGAAUCUGAAGAAGGGGCUUUGGACAGUGAAGGAUCCCUGCUCUACUUGGGAACAGGUAGUCAAGCUGCCAGGAGAUAGCACAGGCCUUGGACAAGAACCGCUGUGCAAACAGUUCAGGCAGUUGCGCUAUGAAGAGACCACAGGACCCCGUGAGGCCCUCACCUGGCUCCGGGAGCUGUGUCGACGCUGGCUGCGCCCUGAGACCCGCAGCAAGGAGCAGAUUCUGGAGCUGCUGGUGCUGGAGCAGUUCCUGACCAUCCUGCCUCAGGAGCUCCAGGCCUGGGUGCGGGAGCAGCACCCCGAGAGCGGGGACGAGGUGGUGGCCGUGCUGGAGGACCUGGAGAGGGAGCUGGACAAGCCCCAACAGCAGAACCCAGACCAGGCAAAGAAGCAGGAGGUGCUUGUGGAGGAGGCAGCUGCCAUGGAAGCAGUGCAGGAGCCGUGGGUCCAGGCUGAGGGUGAAGUUCUGGAGCCAGAACGAGAGAAGGGUGAGGAGACAAGGACUGAGAAUGAGAAGAUGGUUGUAGAGACAGACUCUUGUGGAGAAGUGGAAUCAUCUAGGAAAGUAUCUGAACCCUUAGAGCCUCGUUAUGAGGACCCUAACUUGGAAAGGCAGCAGGUCAAGCUCAAGGCAAAGACUGAGUAUAAAUGCUCAGAAUGUGGAAAGGGGUUCAUCCGGCACUCAGACCUGAUUAAGCAUGAAGGUACACACAUGCAAGGAAAGCUCUAUGAAUCUGAGGUGUGUCAGACUUCGAGUCCCACUGGACAUCAGAAAAUUCGCUCUAGAGAGAAAGGUCAUCAGUGUCACGAGUGUGGGAAAGCCUUUCAGAGAAGUUCACACCUUGUUAGACACCAGAAAAUCCAUCUUGGUGAGAAGCCCUAUCAGUGCAAAGAGUGUGGAAGGGUCUUUAGCCAGAAUGCAGGCCUUUUGGAACACCUCAGGAUCCAUACUGGAGAGAAGCCUUACCUAUGUAUCCAUUGUGGGAAGAACUUCAGGCGCAGCUCCCACCUCAACCGACACCAGAGAGUCCAUAGUCAGGAGGAGCCCUGUGAGUGCAAGGAGUGUGGAAAAACCUUCAGUCAGGCCCUUUUUCUCACUCACCACCAGCGAAUCCAUAGCCACUCCAGAAGCCAUCGCUGUAAUGAGUGUGGAAAAGCCUUCAAUUUGACCUCAGACCUGAUUCGACAUCACAGGAUUCACACUGGAGAGAAGCCGUUCAAGUGUGACAUAUGCCAGAAAGCAUUCCGACUGAACUCCCACCUGGCUCAGCAUGUGCGGAUCCACAAUGAAGAAAAACCCUAUCAGUGUAACGAAUGUGGUGAAGCCUUCAGGCAGAGGUCGGGUCUUUUUCAGCAUCAGAGAUAUCACCAUAAAGACAGUCUGGCUUGAUGGGGCAUCAUCUCCUCAAGGAAUAUCACAGAGGCUAUGUUGACAAGCAAACAGCACUUUAGGAAGAGUCACUGCGGCCGAUUCUAGCCUCAGAGAACUCUAGGGGGCUGAGCAGGAGACUUUCCACCUCCACUCGUGCUCAGCCUUUGGGCCACAAUGAUUUGACCCAUGAUGGGACUGUGAGAACCAGCUAACCAGCAUGCUUCACUGCAGGACUUCUCUGAGCCUUGACCGUGGUAAACACAUGACUGCGUACUUCAAGCAGCAGAGAGCCUCCUGAUUGAGUUAGGGCUUUGAAGUCAGCAGUGAUUCAAGUAUCUAUGGAUUUAUAGGCUCAACAGAACAAGAGGAGGUCAAUAUUUUUGCAUCUGCUACAGAAACAACUGUAAAAUAAAACUAAUGAUGUUUGAAAAUAUAGCACUUUCAAAAGUGUCUUAAAGUGCAGGUUAAUGGGGGGCAUUUCUUCCAUGGUUUUACUAACCACCCCCUACUGGCAUCUGCCUGCUCUCCCCCACCCCCAGCCAGCAGAAGCAUUUUGGAAGGGAAAGAAAAUUUAAUUUGACCACUUCCCACCCCAUUCUUGCUACAAUACUUCACUGAUUGAAGUUAGAAAUCAAGGUUUUAUUUGAAGUACAGAAGAGAUUUCAUAAGUCAUAUGAGUGAAUAGUGCUGAAUUAAUCCAGGUAGCAACUGUCUUACUUGAUAACUCCAGUGACAGGAGAGUGGCUCCUGCAUAGACACUGUUUAGUAACUGGGGAAAGAAAUUAGACUUUUUUCCUUUAAUACUGAUAACGAAAUUUAUUUUAUUUUUUAUUUAUUUUUAAAAGAUUUUAUGUAUUUAUUUGAGAAAGAGAGAGCAUGAGUAGGGGAAAGGCAGAGGGAUAGAAGCAGACUGCUGAGCACAGAGCCCAACAUGGGGCUCAAUCCCAGGACUCUUGAGAUUAUGACCUGAGCCAAAAUCAAGAGUCUGAGGUUUAGCCGACUGAGUCCCCCAGAUGCCAUUGAAUAAUGUAAUUUUAAAAUAUUGCUUGUUCUGGAAUUCUUUGGAGGUCAAUAAAGUCAAUUGAGAGGAGAUCAUGAUUUUAUACUGUGAAUACUAAAAUGUUGUAAUGAUGAAGAAUAUUGAGCUUAGGGGGGUGCACUCCUGAAUCCUCAUUGCUUGCUGUUUGGCAGUAGCUGCAUAGGGUAUUAUGUCUGGAAACAGCGUCUUAGUCUGCCAUGGGAAUGAACACUUGUGUAUUGGUGAGGAUUUGGUUCAGCUACAUAUAGUUUAGAAACAAACUAAGAGUGACUUCACAAAAGCUUGUUUUUCUCUCAGAUAGAAAAAUCUGGAGACAAGCAGUCCAGGACUGAUAAAGUGGUUCUGUGACACCGCUAGGGAUCCUGCCUCUGCUCUUCUGCUCCAUCAUCCUGGUGCACACCAUCAGUCCUGACAUCACAUGAUCCUUGGUGGCUGCUGAAGCUCCAGCCAUCACAUGCAAAAAGACAGACGCAUAAGGACAAAGAGUCCUCCAAGUUCAGCCAGCCCUCUGUGAACAGCCUCCCAGAAGUCACUUCAGCAUAGAUUGCAGGCCAAAACUUAGGAAAGGGAGUCUGGAGAGUGUCUUGUUCCGGUUUGCAGAGUGAAUCGCUGAAAACUAAGCUUCUGUCACUAAGAAGAAAGGGGAGCAUGAAGGCUGGAACAGCCACUUUGCAGUCUUUGAUCCAUUUCGUUCCACCUGCGUAUGGCUGCGUGCAGGCUGACCAGGUGCCACAGUUAAUACUGUUUCCUGGAGGAGGACCAAAUCUGUAGAGGCAGAGCAACUUUUUGAGACACUAAAGAAUUUCAUGGAACAGUCAUAUUCCAUUCCUUAGGGGGUCAUAAAGCUGUGUUUCUUUUAUUCUGCCUUGAUGGAUAAAAUUAAGUUGGUAUUGAAGAUUUUCCCCCAAGUGUUUUGAUGGCUGUGCUGAGGUCAGUACCUAUCAUUCAGCUCUGAGUCAUAGUUUAAAUCUGUUUGAUUCUGUUCCAUUUAAGAAGGAAAAAACAGAAUGUCUUUAUCAUUCUCAUGAAAAAUAAAUGAAAAUGGCAAGAGUCAAAGUAUGAAGAAUGAUAUACCCUUCAAUAACUGGAAAAUUUAGCUUUCUUUGUGAUGAUUCUAUAGUGCACACAUUAUAAGUGUUCUAAAUUCAUGGACACCUUAACUAGCCUACUCCCUCUCACAGUGCCAAAGGAAAUUGUCUUCUCAUCGGUACCGUGGGGGUGCACUCAUAACCACUUGAACAUAUAUGUUGGAUACAGGAAUAUUUUAAUUUUUUUUUUUGAGAGAGCA